AUGUUCAAGUGUCUAUGGAUUUUGAUUUUGUGCUCGUCUCUGCCUAUACUUGCUCAACACUUUAAAGUCGAUGGGCCUGUUAAUAAUCAAAAGGUAUACAACAGCGCCACAGUUCCGAUAAAAUACACCAUUUUACCUCAAAAAAUAGAAAGCGUACACACUCCAACUUCUCUGGACGUUACAUUUCAAUGGACUAGACGUAAUGAUUCUAAACUGACCCAAAGUCUAUCUGCCGCGACUGGACUCUGCAUGGACCCCAACUCAGACAGAUCUCAGAGUAAAUCAUAUACCACUUACUGGAAGACACCCAGCUGUAGGUUCUUUUUGCGAUACCAGGCAACCGAAUGGGCCUUUUCUUUUAUAUUCACACCAAAGUAUUCACAGUCUUCUACAACACUAACUAAGAACAAUCACCUGGAACAGGCCCCAAUUACCAUCCCUUUGGAUGUACACCAAAACAUAACUUCACAUCCCAAAUGUCCUCCAAUUUUAAUAUAA